UGGGAGAAACUACCACAUGGGCAUGGCUGCUCCCGUCUUCCUGCUUGUUUUUGUGUGCUCUGCUGACCUCGUGUGGAGAGUGUCUUCUGCCGACACUGUAAAAUUGGACUGCCCAGCUGUGAGCUAUGGGACCUACGGCCGGGACUCACGGAUCCAGUGCUGGAUGAAGGGCAGCCCUGGUCUGAACGUGUUUUGGAUGAUGUGGAAGAGGGUCCCCUCUGAGGCUCCCCUUCCUGCCCCUUCCCUCUUCAGCGUAGGAAGGGGGAGUGGGAAGCGUUUCGAAUCGGGCUGGGACAGGAGCAGCAUGGAGGUGUGGCUGCUGGUGAAAAGCAUUCAGGUGGCCGACGGAGGUCGCUACGCGUGUUUGGUGUUGACCAACCGCGGUUACGCUGAGCGUAGUGUCAGCCUGAAGGUCAUUGCCCGGCACUCGGAGCCCAGCGUGUGGUCGGUCCCCGAGAGGAACAUUGAGGAGGACGCGGAGGUGACCAUCUUCUGCAGGGCGCUGGGAGGGUUCCCCCGCGGGGCCCUCCGCUGGUUCGACCAGUACGCCACCAACUGGACGCGCAGCGCCAGGACGGACGCGCGGGAGCGGGAGGACGGGCGCUUCGACCUGACGAGCGAGUUUCGCGUGCGGAGGGUCUCCUCCGCCUCACCUGGCUACAGGUGCUGUGUGAUCAGCGGCGACGGAGACAAAGAGGGCGAGGCUGAGAUUCAUCUCGCGUUUCGUGAACCCGAAAAGCGGGUCCAGCGGUGGAGCAACAACUCGAUCGUGGCGGUCAUCGUGGUGGCGGGCUCCCUGAUCACGGGACUGCUGCUCCUGGCGCUGCUGCAGAGACGGCGACCGCGGCAUGAGGUAUAUAUGGAAGAAGAGGACAUCCAAAAUAAGGAAGAAGGUCCUGAAACAGAAGAAGAGGAGAAGACCACUUGUUAGACCAUUAAUCAAGACCACAACGACCGUGCGGCGUCUUCAGUUCUCAGUCUGUCCAAUUACAAAAGCCAGCAUGGUCAUGCGACGACUUUGGUAAUCCGUCUGACCAAUGAUGAUUGGCAGCUGCCAACAUGAUGACUUCAGGACCUGCAUCGUCUUGUGAAUGGAUGUCUGGACACUCUGAAAAACAGUGAAAACCAGAAGUAGACCGGUGUUACCGCCUGGAGCGUGAUCCGUUCAAUCCUCCGGCUAUCGAGCGCUGAAAUGGAACAUCAGCCCUCCCGUCUUUAAUUGCUUAGUUGCACAAUUUAAUAAAACUUUAUAUCAAUCUGAAACUCAA